GUAUCGCCUAGAUCUCGUUCCCGUCACCGUUUGACAACACUAUCUUGAUAAAUCGGUUCAUUACGACGUAUAUAAAGCACAAAUGUACAUUCAUCCAGCAAAAACAAUGUUAAUGGUGAUACGUUAUCACAGAGAAAUGCGCUAAUGCCAUUGACAGAAUGUACUUAUCGUAUAGAUUACAUACAUAACUCUGGUCCCAAGAGGGCCAAUAGUUCAAUGACCUCCUGGUGCUAACUAACCUAAACUCAAACCAAAAUGGCCGCCGUCUAAUUUAUAGUUUCGUGGGACUUUCUGUCGAGCUUGUGCUCAAUCAUCGCCGAUAUCUCAGUGCGAAGGGAUUUUGGACCACAUCAGGACGCCGUGUGAGUAAGCGUGAUCAACGACAUGCAUGUGGGAUAUGCAGUUCGCAAUCCGUCCAGUGAUUUUUGGUGACUGCGCUUUCGGCCGGAUUUCCUCGGGUGGCAAAACUAUAACCUCUCCCGCUGCAACUUGAGCUGGGGCCGAGCUCUCUUCGCGGGGCUUCCCUCUAGAUCUGCCGCGCGUCGCUGCGUUAUCUGGGCGUGUAGAGUGAUCGGAGAUGCGACUGGCCCUGAGUCUUUCACCUACUGGACAAGGUACAGAACUGAAGUUUGCCUACUCUGUGGUAAGAUCAACGCGAGUUCUACUACGUACACGGACUACUGCGUACAGUGUCACACAGUCAUGAGAAAAACAGUGUGCCCGUACGAAAACACUUGUUGCUCGUAGACCAUCGUAAGAAAUUCUAGCACAGGAGCGGCGAAUCUGGGCCACUCGCAGUCAGACGUGGGAGUGUUCGCGUUGAAUUCACGAUCUGCCGUUGCAGAGGUUUUCUCGUGAGAGAGAGGUAGAGAGAUCUCGAGCUAGCUGUUGUUGUUGCUGCUCCCCCACCGCCCAUGCUGGUAGCCGCAGGUUUCCCGGAGCUAAGCCUGAGUUCUGCACACAUGUUGUGGUUCAGGCUCGCCGUGCUUCUACAUGUGGUGUGGCAGCUGACCAGUGCCGAGGGGAGCAGGCGCCAGGGACGGAGGGACAGGACAAGCAACUAUCAGCAGGAGGAACCCUGCAAGUACACCAACCAGGAGGAACUGAACUCAUUCCUAUGGACCAUCCAGCGGAAUCCCCCGUCGUAUUUCUUCGGGACGAUCCACGUCCCGUACACACGGGUCUGGGACUUCAUUCCCUCCAACUCCAAGCAGGCCUUUCAUCAGAGUAACCAUGUGUUUGUUGAACUGGACCUGACGGAUCCCUACACUGUCUCAGCCUUGAGUAGCUGUCAGAUGCUUCCUGAAGGAAAAAGUCUGGGCGACGUCCUCCCAGAGGAUAUCUACAGGCGUCUUAAACAGCACUUGAAGUAUGUAAAAAACAUGAUGCCCCUGUGGGUGACAGCUGACCAGCGGGGGAGAGGUCUGUACGCCGACUAUCUCUUCAACGCCAUCACCGGCAACUGGGAGCGCAAACGGCCCGUGUGGGUCAUGCUGAUGGUGAACUCGCUAACGGAGGUGGACGUGCGGACUCGCGGGAUUCCCGUGCUGGACCUGUUCCUGGCACAGGAGGCGGCGCGGCUGAACAAGCGAACAGGUGCCGUGGAGAAGGUGGAGGAACAGUGUAUGCCGCUCAACGGGCUCAACAUCUCACAGGUUUUAUUUGCGCUGAACCAAACGUUGUGGCAGCAGGAGAAUAUCCGCAGCGGUCAGCUUCCCAUGUCCUUCUCUACAGACGACCUGAUCCACCACUACAACUGUGGAGACCUCAACACUAUCAUAUUUGACCACCACACUGCACAGGUGCCCAACCUGUUGAACACCUCCCUGUCCCCUCCUGACUUGGAACAGGCCCAGCAGAUAGACGAGUACUUCAGAACGGAGCUCAUCCUCCUCAGGAACCAGAGAAUGGCAGGCCGGGUCUCCAAGUUACUCCAGGACCAUCCAAACGACAGCUUCUUCUUUGCCUUCGGUGCAGGACACUUCAUAGGAAACAACACUGUGAUAGACCUGCUCAGAAGAAACGGGUUGGACAUAGCUUAUGUGCCGUCUAACGUUACACUCAACACGUCUAACAGUGACCAGUCGGCCACGCCGCCGACCUUCCCCAGUCUCCGCACCCGUCUGACAUCGCUCUUCUGUCCCGACAACAACGGCAAGCCCAGGAACUGCAGGAGGAGACGCAAGAAGCGCAGGAGAAUCCACCGAGAAAACGAGAGACCACGACAGUUCAACGACUUGUGGAUUCGAAUCGAGGAAAGUGAUUCGCCAUCAACAACGAGUCAGAGUCCAACCGAAGUUCCUCCGCGGAGACUGUACUCGCUGCAGAGGGUGUCCUCACGGCGGUCAGUCUCGUCCCACUGCACACACACGUGGUGGCUGCUGACUGUCGUCGCGCUGGCUGCCAUGAGAGGACCUCAUCUUCUUGUUAUGAGAUGAUACCAGGGUUCACAACAAAGUUCUUCCCCUUGAAGGAAGGGCCAUGAUGUGCCACUGUUAAUUUGUCUUGCCACCAAAUUAGGACAUUAUACAAUGUAUAUGUUGUCACAAGUUACAACCCUUCUGUCUAAAUUUUCUGUGCAAAAAUGGUGUGUCCCUGAUUCUCUACCAAGGCCUUGACAACAAGCGUGCGGGUUAGACAAAAUCUUUGCAUGCUGUAUUGCCACACUGCAUGGUUCAGUGUUUGAGGUGCUAAAGGUUUCAUAGGCCAUGUUUCUUUAUGUUACAAAAAAUGACCGAGAACAGCAAAUCAGUAAUAUGAAAAGAAGGAAACAACUGUGCUCCUUAGGAAGCAAGUUUAAACUGUAAUUUCCUACACAAGAAAUUGGAUUGUACAAGUCCAGUCUUUGUUAAGGAAUGAGCAAUGUACAGUUGACUUACAUGACUUGUUGAGCAGUGGAUCAUACAUGUAGGUUGUAGAAAGUCUGUGGCACCCCCCCCCCAAGCUUCUGCAAGCUAUAAUCUACUGCUCUCCCAGUCACGUGUGUCACCUGCACAAUUUGACGUCACAAAAGUGGUGGAUUGCUUACUAGUAUUCCUUGACAAAGUCCAAUUUCUUGUGUUAGAAAUUACAUUUAAAGCUUGCUUCAUAAUGACUUCUACCAACACAGAUGCACUUUCUAGAUAACUGUGCUUCAUGUUUUAAUCUUGUGUGAUCUACAUUGGCCGUUGGAGAAUAGACAUUGACAGUGGAAUAGGAGAUUGUAAAAGUAUGCUAAAUGUUAGCUUUAUCACAUGCUGGUGCACCUGUGCAACACAUCCUUAUGAAGCUGGUGUCUUACACAGGAGUAUAUCUGAACAUUACCUCAACCUGGUGCUUUUAAAAAACGUUUUGCGUUUCAUCCUUUAGUUUGGCACAUUUUCAAGCAUCACAGCCAAAACAACAUUUAUGGGACCAAAACAAUCGUCAGUAACCUUGUAGAUUAAACUUAGUGUUUGUGUUAUAAUAUAUAAGUUGUCACAUCUGGUUCACUUGGCAGCUGCUUAGCAAGAAAAGUGGCUGACGGAAGUGUUUCCAAAUUGUAAAUAGUUCAUUGUAGAUUAAGUAUGAAUGUACAUACAUGUACCAACUGCCAUGAACCAAGUCUUUACCAAUAUCACUGCCUCUGUACUCAUAUUAAAGUAUGUAUGGUAUUGUAUUUUUAUAUACCUGUGUAUCUAAUGAGUAAUAUCUACUUUUUAUACCCAUUUUUGAAUCAAUGUAAUAUAAAUCAUACAUCAGGAAAGUUUUCUAGUAUUGCCAUUGCCAAAAUUGUAUUGAAUUGUAACCAUUGUUAUGGGCCUACAUGUGUCGCUGUCAAUGUAUGUCAGUACAAGACUGGCGAUUAGUAUUCUAUACAUUUAAAAAAGUGAUUAUAUUUUGGACACAAAUUCAUUUGUAUACAUGUAACGUUAUGUAUCUUACUGAGCUGUACAGGUAGUUACAUACACCCAUAUGUUCUGACUCCCCUAUGUUGCAAAACCCCUAUGUUUCGACAGCUCAUCCUAUGUUCUGACAACCCUGUGUUGGAACAUAGGGGUGUCGGAACAAAUGGGUGUUGGAACAUACGGCGAACCCCAUAUACAUUUGGUAAGAGACCAUAGACCAUAGUGCCAAUUGAGCUUUACCAUGUAUUUCUGAUGCCACAAUAGGACACUAUAUUUAUGUUAAUGUUUACAGGAUUAAAUUUU